UUAUAAAAGUAGUAGCUUUAAAGUUCUUCAUUUGUAUUGAGUCUUAUAUGCUCUUACUUUGAGGUACUGCCAAUAAAUUCCUUCAAAUAGCAAUGCAGCAUUGUUCAUUCUUGUGAAGAAAUUAAGACAAAUAGAUCAAAUUAAAAGAGAGUAAUUAAAUAAAAAUGGAGGGAAAAUAUUGGGUUUUAAUGGGAGUUUUGGCAAUGGUGAUUGUUGCAAGUAGAGGAAGUGAUGAAGAAGGUGGUGAAGUAACGUAUGAUGGAAGGUCUCUCAUUGUUGGUGGGCAGAGGAAGCUACUCUUCUCCGGUUCCAUUCAUUAUCCUCGAAGCACCCCCGAGAUGUGGCCAUCGUUAAUAGCCAAGGCCAAAGACGGUGGACUGGAUGUAAUUCAAACUUAUGUGUUCUGGAGCGUCCAUGAACCCCAACCAGGUCAGUAUGAUUUCACUGGAAGGUAUGAUUUAGUAAAGUUCAUCAAGGAGGUUCAAGCACAAGGGUUGUAUGUUUGCCUCAGGAUUGGCCCAUACAUCGAAAGUGAAUGGAGUUAUGGGGGUUUUCCGUUUUGGCUGCAUGACAUCCCUGGCAUUACAUAUAGAACAGACAACAGACCGUUCAAAUUCUAUAUGCAAAAUUUUACAACAAAAAUAGUAAGCCUCAUGAAAUCAGAGGGGUUAUAUGCUUCACAAGGAGGCCCUAUAAUAUUGUCACAGAUUGAAAAUGAAUAUCAAAACGUUGAAGCAGCUUUUGGAAAAAAAGGGCAUUCUUAUGUACGAUGGGCUGCUGGUAUGGCUGUUGGGCUUCAGUCCGGUGUUCCUUGGGUGAUGUGUAAGCAAAGUGAUGCUCCUGAUCCUGUGAUUAAUACGUGCAAUGGGAUGAAAUGCGGGGAAACCUUUGCUGGGCCUAACUCCCCAAACAAACCAUCAAUGUGGACAGAAAACUGGACAUCUUUCUUCCAAGUCUUUGGUGGGAAGCCAUACAUAAGGUCUGCGGAAGAGAUUGCAUUUCACGUCUCACUUUUUCUUGCAAAAAAUAAUGGAUGUUAUGUGAAUUACUAUAUGUACCAUGGAGGAACAAAUUUUGGAAGAACAGGCACUUCUUAUGUUACCACCAGUUACUAUGAUGAAGCACCGCUUGAUGAAUAUGGUCUUAUAAGGCAACCUAAAUGGGGCCACCUUCGGGAGCUUCAUAUGGUGAUAAAAGCUUGCUCAAAAACCUUGCUUGAGGGAAAGAAGUCCUAUCUUUCCUUGGGACAACUACAGGCGGCAUAUGUUUUCGAAGAAGAGACUGGGGGUUGUGCUGCCUUUUUAAUUAACAAUGACUCAAGAAAUAGUGCAAAUGUUGUGUUUCGGAACAGAUCAUAUCAACUUCCUCCGAAGUCAAUUAGCAUCCUUCCAGAUUGUGUGAAUAUAACUUUCAACACAUCAACGAUAACAACAGAAAGUGGAAAGAGAAAUGCUAGAUCAGAACUAGCUAUCAGCUCAGCUACUAAAUGGGAGUUAUUAAGUGAGAUGAUACCGAACUUCUCAGACACUUCUUUGAAGGCAGGUGCUUUACUAGAACAAAUGAAUGUAACAAAAGAUGAAUCUGAUUAUCUCUGGUACACUCUAAGUUUUGAAGUUAAUCCUUCUUGUAGUGAACCAGUACUUCAUAUUCGGUCUUUUGCACAUGUUGCUUAUGCUUUUGUGAAUGACGCAUAUGCUGGAGGUGCCCAUGGAAAUCGCAGUGUCAAGAAUUUCUCACUUGAAACCCCUAUUAAGUUGGAUAGUGGAACGAACAAUAUUUCUGUGCUAAGUGUGAUGGUGGGAUUACCGGAUUCUGGAGCAUAUCUUGAAAGAAAGUUUUCUGGACUGCGUGAAGUGGCUGUAAGAUGCAACGGAGAUGAUUCCUAUGAUUUAGCAGUGAAUUAUACAUGGGGAUACAAGGUUGGAUUAUUGGGAGAAGAUUCACAAAUUUAUAAAGAAGAGAACCUUGGAAAAGUGGUUUGGGGUGGACUUGAACCUUCCACUGCAAAGCCUCUCACUUGGUAUAAGACCAUGUUUGAUGCACCAGAUGGAGAAGAUCCAGUGGCCUUAGACUUAAGCAGUAUGGGGAAAGGCGAAGCCUGGAUCAAUGGACAAAGUAUUGGUCGUUAUUGGGCGUCCUUGCUGACCCCUGACAGAAAACCUUCUCAAACAAUGUACCACAUUCCCCGAUCCUUUCUGAAAUCGUCAGAAAAUCUUCUGGUUCUGUUUGAGGAAGUUGGUGGAAAUCCUCUCAAAGUUUCUAUGAACACCAUAUCCUGGACUACUAGCAAGCGCGACAGCAAUGUUAAUAAUGUUAAACGUGACAUUAAAUACCUGAUGAGACCAGAAGGGAUUCAUACAUGAUACAUGAUUCUUUAUUUAUUCUUUUCUUUAUUUUACAGGAAAAAAAA